GGCUUGGGUUUUCUCGGUGUUUGUGUUGCGAGCGCCGCCGUCGACGCUACCAAACCAACACCGCAUCAAAAUUUCACAAUAAUUUUAAAUUUUCCAAUAUACGAUAAUUCUGCUUUUGAAAUUUGGGUAUGAAGUUUCACUCACAAGUUGAUGUAUAUGUAAUUCCACAAUGAAUGCCGCAAAUUGAGUUAAAAUUCGAGGAAAGAAAUGCCAAUGGGAUUGCUCUCAAAUCUCAAUACUGCCUUUUGUUUUGGCCUCCCGAGAGCUGCAAGAGUAAAGCAAUAUCAGCCCCUGCAUUUCAUAGAAACCCUCUUCUUUCAGAAUUGUUCCAACAGUAGCUUAUCUUUUUGUACACAAAGCAUGGCCACUUAUUCCAUAGCAGCUCCUGCGGAUGUUGUGGUUGAUACCUUAGUGUCUAGUUAUGGUAGUUUAUCGGGUGCUGUUAAGCCCGGUGGUGUGCAUUUCGGUACUAGGAGUCAUGAGCUACGUGGGAGAGCUAAAUUGAGCUUGACAAAUGUGGCAAUUGGAAGAAAAAAUGGUGGUGUUCAAGGAUGGUUAUUACCUGAUUUUGAGCAGAGUAGCAUCCGUACUUUCUCAUCUUCAUGUCACUCUGGAGAGCUUCCAAUUGUUGCAGUUUCGGACAAGGAGACUUCAAUCCAUAGCACUCUCAAGCUUCUUUCUGGAGCGUGCUACCUGCCCCAUCCAGCUAAAGAAGCUACAGGAGGAGAGGAUGCUCAUUUUAUCUGUGUCGACGAGCAAGUAAUCGGUGUUGCGGAUGGUGUUGGUGGUUGGGCAGAUGUUGGUGUUAAUGCAGGAAUAUAUGCACGUGAGCUUAUGUCAAAUGCGGUUGCAGCAAUUAGUAAAGUUCCACAUGACAUUGAUCCCCUUUCUGUGUUGGAAAAAGCUCAUGCUGCAACUAAUGCCAUGGGUUCAUCAACAGCCUGCAUUAUCGCCCUCAAAAACCAGGAUCUCCAUGCCAUUAAUCUUGGAGACAGUGGAUUUAUAAUUGUUAGGGAUGGCGCCCUUCUAUUCGAAUCACCUGUGCAACAGCAUGGUUUCAAUUUCACCUAUCAACUCGAACGAGGAACCCAGGGAGACCUACCAAGUUCUGGUCAGGUUUUCAAGAUUCCGGUUGUGCCUGGGGACGUAGUUGUUGCAGGAAGCGAUGGCCUGUUUGACAACUUGUAUGCUAAAGAGGUAGCAUCCAUUGUGGCUGAUGCAGUUAAAGUACAACUCAGCCCCAGCGAUACAGCACAGAAGAUUGCAGCUGUUGCACGCGCACGCGCACUAGACACGAAACAUCAGACUCCAUUUUCUUCUGCUGCUCAAGAAGCUGGGUAUUCGUAUUAUGGUGGUAAACUUGACGAUCUGACUGUUGUCGUCUCUUAUGUCUCGUGAACAUUUUGCUUAGCACUCUAUAUCAUUUUGAGUUCUCGCUGUUGUAUUUCGGCAUAAGACAUCGUAUGAACUCGGAUAAAGUUAUGUCCCUAUAUCAGAUAAAUUUUCUUCAGCAAAAAAAUAAAGUUAUGUUCCUUAACAGA